UUCACUCUACAUAUGUGCCGGGUUUUGAUUUUCUCGCGACAGCACUGGAAGAUGGUUGUGUGUCUCGCGGACCCGGAGCCUCGUGCUGGUUUGGUAGAUUUGUAGCCCACACUCACCUUCUGUAACAGAAGCCCCCCUCACGUUUGUGUUGCUGAAAUUCAUUCCAUAGUUCUAUAUUAAUAUAUUUUCCUUCACUAAAUUGGCCCUCUCUCUCUCUCUCCCCCCGCCCCCCCCCCACUAUAAACGGAGUACCAGUGGAUUAUCGGAUACCGGUCCAGGCGGAGAGCACAGUGGGGGAUGAACCGGGACCGCGGGUAUGUUGUUAUUAAUAUAAUCGUCCAUAAAUUCAAUGGUUGUUGGGAGUUUGUGAGCGAGUCGCCGCGCUGAGAGAGGGAGAGAGAGCGGCGAGAGAGAGGGAGAUCAUGGCCGCUCAGGUCGCCAGCGUCGCCUCUCUCAAUACGAACCCACCAUCCGAACUCAAGAAGCCGGAUCGGGACACACAUGAAGAGUCGGUGCCGGGAGUGAAAGAACAUGAAAAUAAGGAGCCGGGUCCGGACAGGUCUCCUGGUCAGAGAGAGCUGCAGGACGGGAGCGACUGUGGACACGCAGGGGGAGGAGGAGGGGAUUCUGACAUGAAGAACGGAAACGGGAAUUUACCCCGGGUAAAUAAUAGCAGUAAUCAGAACGAUACAGGCGGGCCCGAAGGGAAUAGCCAUCCCGGAAUAGGACACCACCACUCGGGCCCCUUUCCUCCACCUCCCUACGGCUACAACCAGCACUACAGCCGGGCUCCUUUUCAUCAACAUGGCGGACAACAAAGCGCUGGCAUGGCAGCUGCAUCGGGGACGGGCAUGAUGGACCCUUACCCCCUUAAUUCACACGAACACGGCUACCCGAACCAUUACAACAACUACGGCCCGUUUCAGAACAGAACUUAUCAGAGCCAAGGAUACGGGCCCAUGAAUUCCCCGCGCAACAACCAGCCUCCAGCGGCCGGGGGGCAGCCAGUCAAGCAACAGCCGGCAGGCGGAACCACAGCUAUGGCUGCCUCGUUUAAUAAUCAGAGGUAUAACAUGGUCAACCAACAGUCCACGUCGACACCAACUUUAAAUCAGCUUUUGACGUCUCCCAGUUCCACCAGGAGCUACCCGAACUACCCACAGGGAGAGUAUAACAACCAGGAAGGGGUUAACAAGGGACCAGGAGACAUGGGCAACAGUCAGUAUGGAGGGGUCCAUCCGGGUUGGCAACAAAGGACCCAUCACCCGCCUCCAAUGAGCCCGGGAAACACCGGGCAGCCCCUGAACAGAACCCAGCCUCCAAGUUCAAUGGACCCGGUGGGGAAGAUGCGCGGCCAGCCUUAUGGAGGACCCAAUUCAUACUCGCAACAGCAGGGGCCUCCCUCUGGGACUGGACCCCAGCAGGGAGGCUCUUACACGAGCCCGGGAUACGGACCUGCUGGGCCUCAGAGGUAUCCCAUGGGCCUGCAGAGCAGAACACCUGCUGCUAUGGGUGGCAUACAGUAUGGACAGCAGAUGUCAACAUAUGGACAGCAGGGUCCAGGUGGUUACAGUCAACAGAGCCAGGGCUACUAUGGUCAACACAACCCCCCACCUCAUCCUGGUCAGCAACAGCCCCCUUACCCAGGCCAAUCCCAGGGCAGCUCUGGACCACCUUACCCUCACCAGGGCCACCCUUCACAGCCUCCUGGACAACAUGGCCAGCCAGGACCCCCUUACCAACAAUCACAAGGUCCCCACGGCCCUGCUCCAGGCCAACCCACCUACGGCCAACCGUCACAAGCUCAGCCAGCACAGCCAUCUUACACCCCUCCACAACAGCCACAGCCACAGCCACAGACACAUACACAGACACAGUCACAGCCACAGUCACAGCCGCAGCCGCAGUCGCAGCCGCAGCCGCAGUCACAGUCGCAGCCACAGUCACAGCCACAGUCACAGCCACAGUCACAGCCACAGUCCCAGACACAGUCCCAGACACAGCCCCAGACACAGUCCCAGACACAGCAACAAUGUCCUGGUUCCCAAACUCAGCAAGGCCCUCAGGCGCAAACUGGAUACCCACACCCCGCUGGACCAGGACAGCCACCACCACAGCAAACCCCACUGCAGCAGCAAGGACCCCCACAACAACCACACACAGGAGGUCCGCUACCUCAAACCCAGCAACCUCCAGGACACAGCCAACCAUCACCUUAUUCUCAGACACUGCAGCAGCAGCAGCAGCAGCAGCAACAACAACAACAACAACAGUCAUCUUAUCAGAGGUUCCCACCUCCACCACAGGAACUUUCCCAGGAUUCCUUUAGCUCCCAGUCCUCUGCGCCUCCUUCCAACCAGCCCAUGACUUCCAGCAAGAGCAGUCAAGAAGACGGCCUGCAGGCUCGGCCCUCCAGUCUGCCAGAUCUCUCAGGCUCUAUCGAUGACCUGCCCACCGGCACAGAGGGGGCUCUGAGCCCAGGUGUCAGCACUUCAGGGGUGUCCAGUAGUCAGGGCGACCAAAGCAACCCGGCACAGUCACCGUUCUCUCCUCACACGUCUCCUCACAUACCAGGCAUGCGUGGGCCCUCGCCGUCACCAGUGGGUUCUCCCGGGAGUGUCACCCCGUCACGCUCCGGCCCUCUGUCUCCUGUUGCUGUGCCAGGUAAUCAGAUCCCAUCACGGCCUCCCAGUGCACAUUCGGACAGCAUCAUGCACUCUUCCAUCAGCCAGGACAGGGUGUACGUGCGGAACCCUCAGAUGCCUCCGUACGGGUCGCCCGGUCACCCUGGUUCUGCUUUAUCUCCACGUCAGUCUGCUGGAGGCCAGAUGCAUGCUGGGAUGGGACCCUACCCCCAAAACACCUCCAUUGGAAACUAUGGGCCUCAGGGGGCCCAGUAUGGCCCACAAGGUUAUCCCAGGCAGCCUGGUUUCACCGGGAUGCCCAAUGCCAACUACCCCAGUGGACCCAAUAUGGGUGGCACCAUGAACCCAAUGCCUGGUCAGGGCAGUGGGGCUUCUUACGGGAACAUGCCACCUAGUAGAGUAGGCCAAGGCCAGAUGGGUGCACGGCCCUAUGGCCCUGGUAUGGGCUCUAACGUGGGCAGCGUGCCUCCUCAUGUGGGCUCUGGGAUGUGUCCCCCUCCAGGUUUGAACAGGAAGGAUGGCGGCUCCUCCAUGCACCAUGGAUCUACUAACUCCAUACACAACAGGCCCCCUGGUUACCAAAACAUGUCUCAGGGUAUUAUGGGACCUGGUUCUCCAUAUGGCUCUGGUAUGAAUAGCGUGCACAGUAUGAUGAACCAGGGAGGGACAGGGAUGUACCCAGUGGGAGCCAACAUGGCCAACAACACUGCUGAGUUUGGAAUAGACAAAAUAAACCCCGCCCAGAAGAUGAACAACAAACUGGACGUGAUUCCAAAGCCUGAAACUAAAAAGAAGUCGAGCUCCUCCACCAUCACCAACGAGAAGAUAACUCGUCUGUACGAGCUCGGCCCAGAGCCAGAGAGGAAGAUGUGGGUGGACCGCUAUCUGGCCUUCGCUGAGGAGAAGACCAUGGGUAUGAACAACCUUCCCGCUGUGGGACGCAAGCCCCUCGACCUCUUCAGGCUCUAUGUGUCUGUGAAAGAGAUUGGUGGCCUCACCCAGGUUAACAAGAAUAAGAAGUGGAGGGAGCUGGCCACCAACCUGAAUGUAGGCACAUCAAGCAGUGCGGCCAGUUCACUCAAGAAACAGUACAUUCAGUGUUUGUAUGCGUUUGAGUGCAAGGUUGAACGAGGCGAGGACCCACCGCCGGAUUUCUUCAACACAGACACCAAGAAGAACCAGACUAAAGUCCAGCCUCCCAGCCCAGCUGGUUCUGGAUCUUUGCAGGGGCCCCAAACUCCUCAGUCCACCAGUAGUUCAAUGGCAGAGGGCGGAGACCUGAAGCCCCCCACGCCAGCAUCCACACCACAUUCACAAAUGCCUCCACUGCCUGGUAUCAGGAGCAGUGUGAGUCUGCAGGAUCCUUUUGCUGACAGUGGAGACCCAGCAUUUUCCAGGAGGAAUGCCAUGACUCCCAACAUUCAAGGCUACCAGCCUGGGCUGGGUGGGCCGGAGAUGAUGGGAAGGAUGGGUCCCUAUGAGGCCAACAAGGACCCCUUUGGUGGCAUAAGGAAAGCUGGAGAGCCGUUCAUGUCACAAGGUCCCAACAGUGGAACUGGAGAACAGUACAGCAGAGGCCCACCAGGCCCCAUGGGUAAUAUGCAGAUGGGACAGAGGCAACAGUAUCCAUAUGGAUAUGACAGAGGACCGGAGACAGACAUGAGUACUGACAGCAGCAUGGGACCAGGAGCUCCGCAGCCUUCUGGAGCCGACACAGCCAUGUACUCACCGAGCCGCCCUUCACCACAGCACAGGCAUGAAUCCUAUAUCAAUCAGUACCCUGGCCAAGGAGCUCCCCCUGGUGGUCCAUACUCAAAUCAACAGCAAGGAAUGUAUCCUCAGCAACAGCAGAAUUACAAGCGUCCUGUGGAUGGAGCAUAUGGACCACCUCCCAAGCGCCAUGAGGGAGAAGUGUACAGUGUCCCCUACAGUGGUCAGCAGCAGGCAGGAACACACUCCUCAGGACCCCAGGGCCAACAGAAUAUGUUUAACCAGUAUAAUGCAUACCCUGGAGGCGACCGCAGACCACCAGGCCUACAGAACCAGUUCCCCUUCCCCUUUGGUCGGGAUAGAGGACCAUCUUCUGCAGGCCCCAACUCCCAGUCACCAUUGCCUCCCCAGAUGAUGGCAAGUUCCAUGCCUUCUGGUCCCGAAGGUGCCCAAGGGUCAAUGUGGCAGGGCCGCAAUGAAAUCAGCUACCCUAACUAUAACCGACAAGGUCCUCCUGUGCCAAGCCAGGGCUCCAGUUACCACUGCAUGAACCGCUCAGAGGAGUUGAUGCCAUCAGACCAACGCAUGAACCAUGAGGGCCAGUGGCCUGGCCCUGUAAACCAACGGCAACCACCAUUUGGUCCCAAUGGUGCUGGACCUCCAAUGACCAGACCCCUGCCAUCCACUUACCAGACUUCCCAGAACCACAUUACUCAGGUGUCAAGUCCAGCACCCAUGCCCCGUCCCAUGGAAAGCAGAACGUCACCCAGCAAGUCUCCCUACAUGCAUCCAGGCAAUAAGGUACCCAAAGCUGGACCUUCAGUGCAUGCCUCUCACAUUGGACAGGCCCCUGUGCAGCUGCCGAUGAUCAGGAGAGAUGUCACCUUCCCUCCAGGCUCUAUCGAGGCCUCCCAACCUCACCUUAAGCCACGAAGACGGCUCGCCAUGAAGGACAUUGGCACUCCCGAGGCUUGGAAAGUGAUGAUGUCACUUAAGUCAGGCUUACUAGCUGAAAGCACAUGGGCUUUGGAUACCAUCAACAUCCUGUUGUAUGAUGAUAGCAGCAUUUCUACUUUUAACUUAUGCCAGUUGCCUGGAUUCCUGGAGCUGGUGGUUGAGUACUUUAGAAGAUGUCUCAUAGAGAUCUUUGGCAUCUUAAAAGAGUAUGAAGUCGGGGACCCUGGCCAGCUCAAACUCAUAGACCCCGAUGCUGUAGACGACUCUGAUGAUGAAAUUCCCAUGCAAGAUGGUGACGAUAUAGACGAAGAGAGCGAGGAUGGUGAGGAGCUAGAGGAAUCAAAGGUCAGCCCUGACGACCCCUCACUGCUCAUCAUGAAACAAGAGGAGAGCUUCCAGAAAGACAAGUCUUUAGAAUACAAGAAAGAGGAGAAGGAUAGAAAGUCUUCAGUUAAGGAACCAGUUACCUCUACCUCAGGGUCCUUCCCGAACCCCAACUUCUCAGAAAAGCUCAAGCAGGCAAGCAAGUUUGAUAAACUUCCCAUCAAGGUCAGUCGGAAGAAGAAUCUCUUCCUGGUGAAGUACUCUUCUAAUCUCAGACCGCGGCAGAGCUUUGACAGUGGCUUGAUACACUGGAGCAUUGGUGGGGGAGACACUACCAAACAUAUUCAAACCCACUUUGAGAGUCAGAUGAAGCUUCUUAAUAAGUGCAAACAAUCAGCAACUGACGGCUGCAAGAAGGUCCAUGUGCUUCAAGAGAAAAUCCAGUUGAAUGAGAAGGAUAAACUUCUGCAACCUUCUGAACCUCAGACCACUCCAGUAGAAAUUACCACUCUGCUACUUCCCAUUGGGGCACCAGUCACUGCCACCAUUGAUGAUGUACUAUCUGCCCGCCCAGGAUCUGUCACAGAGGAAGUGGUUCGCGGAGGUGCAGAGGAGCAGAAGGAAAAUGGCAAGUACCUGUUCAGUAUCAACCCCGCCCUCCAGAACCGCCGCAAUAUCAAGAUCCUAGAGGAUGAACCUCACAGCAAGGAUGAGACGCCUCUGAGCACGCUGUCAGACUGGCAGGACUCGUUAGCUGGACGCAGCGCCUGCAUUUCCAACAUAGUCCGCAGCCUCUCCUUUGUCCCAGGUAACGACCUGGAGAUGUCCAAACACCCGGGUCUCCUGUUGCUGUUAGGUCGCCUGGUGCUGCUCCACCACAGACACCCUGAACGCAAACAAGCGCCAGUCACCUACGAAAAGGAGGAGGAGGUCGAUGAAGGUGUGAGCUGUGAGAGAGAAGAGUGGUGGUGGGACUGCCUCGACGUAUUAAGGGAGAACUGUUUGGUCACUCUGGCAAAUAUUUCAGGCCAGCUGGACCUUUCGCUCUACCCAGAGAGUAUAUGCCUGCCACUGCUGGAUGGCCUGCUCCACUGGGCUGUCUGCCCCUCAGCAGAGGCCUUGGACCCCUUCCCUACGUUGGGGCCCCAUGGCUCACUUUCACCCCAGAGACUGGUUCUUGAGACCCUCAGCAAGCUCAGCAUCCAGGACAACAAUGUUGAUCUCAUUCUUGCCACGCCACCGUUCAGUCGCUUGGAGAAACUCUACGGCUCAUUGGUGCGCCUGGUCGGUGAGCGCAAAGUGGCCGUCUGUCGGGAAAUGGCAGUAGUCUUGUUGGCUAAUCUUGCCCAGGGUGACAGCCUGGCGGCACGGGCUAUUGCUGUGCAGAAAGGCAGUGUCGGGAACCUACUGGGUUUUCUUGAGGACAGCCUUUCUGCCACACAGUAUCACCAAAGCCAGAGCUCCCUGCUACAGUUGCAAGGCGCACCCCCAUUUGAGCCCACCAGUGUGGACAUGAUGAGGCGGGCUGCGAGGGCCCUGCAUGCACUGGCAAAGGUCGAGGAAAACCACUCAGAGUUCACGUUGUAUGAGUCGAGGCUGCUGGACAUCUCAGUCUCUCCACUCAUGAACUCACUGGUGUCCCAGGUGAUCUGUGACGUACUAUUUAUGAUCGGCCAGUCAUGACAGCGGUGGGGAACUUUCAGGUCCGCCUCAUUCUGUUCUGUUCACCCUCUCUUAUGUGAGUGUGCAUAUGUGUGUAUGUACAUCUAUUGUGUGUGAGUGAAAAGAGCAAAACUGACUGUCCUUUUUUUAAUUUAUGCAAAAUCACCUAGGAUUUCACUGUCGUUCUCCCCCUGCUUCUUAAGAGAAGGGAUAUCAUGAAGUAGCUGUGGAUUUAAAUGCCUGGAAAGGAAAGAAGAGGAGACUGGGACCCAGGCGAUGGGAUAGGAGUUUGCUGCAGUGUGGAAAAGACUUGUUUUUAAUGACAAGAAAUAAUCUCCAGAUAAAAGAAUAAACUUCUUAUUUACAGUGAGUUUAUGGGAACUCCUCUGAGGUUCAUGCAGGGAGAGGAACCACAGACAAAACAUCUGCUUUCUGUGUGGAGGCUACAUUGGCUCUCAGGCUGUGGUGUGGUAUCAUCGCUGUAACUUUGGAUGCAGUGCAUACUCAGUCCCACAGGAACCACAAUAAUGGCUCUGAGCAGACCUAGGUUGUAGAUUGUAGGACUUUUUCCUGUACUGUACACCUUAACAAUUGUAAACAUACUGUAAUAAUACUGUUUCACACUGAGAUGUGCUGGCUUGGCAGCAAACUGUAGUUUUUAAAAACAGUUUUAGUUCAUGUCGAGAAACAAAAUAGCUUUCCCUCCAAAGUAUGGUGAACCGACAACACCCCGACCUCUUCUAUUUGUUCCUUGAUUGUAUGAAAAAGUCACCUCUUUAGGACUGGUCCUCUUUAGGACUGGUCCUCAACUCUAGAUGCUCCUGAAGCUGCGGUGUGUAUAUGAUGUUGUAUAUUACACUUCUUUCUCUUUGUAAAUUUCUGUUGCUCUUCACCAUGUUUUUAUCGUUUCCCUGCAUCAAGUACACCAUGUGAUCACUUGAGGCCCACCCUCUCCAUUCCUUUGGCUCCUCUCUGCUUGUAUCACAGCCCAGGUGGGGGGGAGGGGCUUGUUUAGCUGCUGUCCAACAAACACAACUUCAAGUUUCCGUUUGCCUGCAGUUGGGUUGUAGAGAAUAUAACUUGAAUCAUCAGAGCUCUUUAUAAAUGACAAACUAGAACUUGAUGAAGAAACCAUCUUCAUUUCUGUUUCUUUUGUUCAAUUUUGUUUCCCAGUGAUGCAAAUUUUGCAUAUUUGUAUUUCAGAUGUAGCUAAAACUUGAUGUAAAUUCAUCCUUUUAUUUGACUUUUUGUUUUGGCUUAAUGAAUAUCAUUUAUUCAGUAUAAAAUCUUUAUAUGGUCCACGUGUUAAAAAUAAAUGUACAUUAAAUCUUUGUAAGACA